AGUGCGUGCGCGUAGUCGUGUCGCGGGAAGGGCGAGCGGCGGCAGGCGGUGAGUUUGUUUAUCGCCUUGGUGAACGGCGAGAGCAGUCAGUGCGCGGUGCUACGUUCGGUGUGCUACAUCCAGCGGUGGCGGUACGGGACGCGCUCGCGAUCGGGUGAUUGUUGUCGGGGCAGGAAAUUUGGCCGCGUCUUUUUUUCCUCUCUCUUUCUCUUUCUCUCUCUCUCUCUCUCUUUCUCAUUUACUCUCCGCCUUUCUUAUCCUCCUUUCGUUCGGACGAAUAUUGCGCGAGUGCAUCCGAUCACACGUUCUCUUCGUCCGUUUUCAACGCGCACGACGUCAAAGGGAAAGAAGCCUUGCCGUCCGUCGUGCCGGAGGAACAUGCCGUGGUUCACUGCCAAGAGAUAAUAGAAACCGCCCGCGACUUUUCCGUGCGUGUGUCGUGUCGAUCCGGUGGUGACUCCUGGCAGCAAACUCGUUCUUCCCUCUCCCUCCUUCGGCAACCUGUCAUCGAUUACGUGGAAGCGAGCGUUCGGUCACAUCGGGGUAAGACCAGCCCACCCGGACCUGACGUCUCUCGCCGACGACGACGACGACGAGCGAAACUCGCGGUGCAGUGCCGUCUCGUUUUCACUGCGACACGACUUCAUCCGUCAGCAACGUUGUCCCUCAUUCUUGUCGUCGUUCCGAAUCGCGUUUUCUCGAAGGAAGUGCAGCGCGGAUCCGAUGUUGAGACUCGCGAGUACCGUCGAGCAUUGAAAUCGACCCGCGAAAAGUCACGCGCGAUUCCGCUCGAUCGUGAGAUUACGCGAAAAUUCGUCGUGCAAUAAUACGUAUCUUUUUAUCCGAGACGCGUCGAUCGCAACGUCGUGCGCCCUUCAGUGCCGGAAUAUACCGUCCCGGAUAAUCGUAGGACUCGUCGUCGUCACUCGCCGUCGACGACAUGAUCUUCAGGGUGACGUUGUUGAUUGUGUGCACGCUGCUGGCUGGUGCGAGAUCUGAACCGAGACCGCGGUCGCGACCAGUGCCGAUCUACUCGAAUCAGUUCGCCGUUUACGUGCCCAGCGGAUCGGAGACUGCCGAGGAGAUCGCCCAGGAGCACGGCUUCGACAAUCAUGGACAGAUCGGUGCCCUGAAGAAUUAUUACCUCUUCUCUCACAAGCGAUUACACAAGAGAUCCCUCACUGCGAGCGAACCACAUCACAAGGCGCUCAGGGAUGAACCGCGGGUGCACUGGUUCCAACAGCAGCAUGAGAAGAAGCGCAAGAAGCGCGACUUUGACGCCGCGUCCUACGCGUUCGCCGAUUAUCAGCCCUUCUUCGGCGGUUUUGGUCCGCGUCCGCGGCAAGCUGGCCUGUUUCAUCGCCAAAGAAACAGAGGCGUGCCACUUCAAAAUCUGUUCACGGACCCGCUUUUCAAGGAACAGUGGUACCUGAACGGUGGCGCCAAGGAUGGUUACGACAUGAAUCUUGGCCCGGCUUGGCAGAAGGGCUAUACCGGCAAGGGUGUCGUUGUUUCGAUUUUGGACGAUGGUAUCCAGACCAACCAUCCUGAUCUCGCGCUCAACUACGAUCACCAGGCCAGCACGGAUAUCAACGAUAAUGACGACGACCCGAUGCCAAGGGACAACGGCGACAAUAAGCACGGCACUCGGUGUGCCGGUGAAGUCGCCGCCGUUGCCUUCAACCAAUACUGCGGUGUUGGAGUCGCUUAUAAUGCCAGUAUCGGAGGCGUGCGAAUGCUCGAUGGCCCGGUAAACGACGCCGUCGAGGCCAGAGCUCUGGGAUUGAAUCCUGAUCACAUCGACAUAUACAGCGCCUCCUGGGGUCCCGAGGACGACGGCAAGACCGUCGACGGUCCGGGCCCUCUCGCCAGGAGGGCGUUUAUUUACGGAGUGACGAGCGGUCGCAAGGGUAAAGGUUCGAUCUUUGUGUGGGCAUCCGGUAACGGCGGUCGACACACCGACUCGUGCAACUGCGAUGGCUACACGAACAGCAUUUUCACGCUGUCGAUAUCAAGCGCAACACAAGGCGGCUACAAGCCGUGGUACCUCGAGGAGUGUAGCUCGACCUUGGCAUCCACGUACUCGUCGGGUACACCCGGCAACGACAAAAGCGUCGCUACCGUGGACAUGGACGCCAAGUUGCGUCCUGAUCACAUUUGCACGGUAGAACACACCGGGACAUCUGCCUCAGCGCCAUUAGCUGCUGGUAUCGCUGCCCUCGCCCUCGAGGCAAAUCCUACGUUGUCAUGGCGAGACAUGCAAUAUCUAGUGGUACUCACGUCGAGGUCCGAGCCGUUGAGCAACGAGCCCGGCUGGAUACUGAACGGUGUAAAGAGAAAGGUCUCCCACAAGUUCGGCUACGGUUUGAUGGACGCGGGCGCCAUGGUCAACCUGGCCGAACAAUGGACCAAUGUACCUCCCCAACAUAUCUGUAAGUCUGAUGAGAUUAAUGAGGAGAGACCGAUUGAUCCCACAUAUGGGUACACCCUGAGCGCAUACAUGGAUGUCACUGGAUGCGCUGGAUCCUUGAAUGAAGUACGAUUCUUGGAGCAUGUGCAGUGUAAGGUUUCUCUAAGGUUCUUCCCUCGAGGAAACUUGAGGCUCUUAUUGACCUCGCCAAUGGGCACAACUUCAACACUAUUAUUCGAGCGGCCGCGCGACGUUCUCAGUUCAAACUUCGAUGACUGGCCCUUCCUCAGCGUACACUUCUGGGGUGAAAAGGCUGACGGUCGAUGGACUCUGCAGAUCAUUAAUGCUGGAAACCGACACGUCAAUUCACCAGGCAUCCUGAAGAAGUGGCAGCUGAUUUUCUACGGCACAUCGACGAACCCGAUCCGGAUACGCACACGACAAUUUAAUCCGGUACAUCAAUCUGCGUACCUUCCUUCUCAUUCCGUGCAUUAUCCAUUCACGGUAGACGAUGAUCCGCUACAAUUGUCCGGUUAUCCGGGCAACAGGGACUUCUUUUCUCCGUCUACCUUUCAGAGUUACCAGGGCCCGUACAGCGGUGCCGCGUCGAAUCUACAAGCAUCCGUCGCCACUCUGGAUGGCUCGUCGGCGCCGAUCCUGUCGAACCAUCUACCCGGCGACGUCUCGUCGGCGUCUGCCUUCGAUUCACCUUCGGCGCCAUCAUCCGUACAAGCGGACGGUUCUCUCGAUACCACCAGGAGGAUACUGCACGACUGCGAUCCUCAGUGUGACGCGCAAGGCUGCUAUGGCAAGGGUCCGACGCAAUGUGUUGCUUGUAAAAAUUAUCGUCUCGAUAAUACUUGCGUCAGUCGUUGUCCGCCAAGGAGCUUCCCUAAUCAGGGCGGCGUUUGCUGGCCAUGUCAUGAAUCCUGUGAAAUUUGCGCGGGGGCAGGUCAAGACUCUUGUCUCUCGUGCGCCCCCGCUCACCUUCGGGUCACCGAUCUGGCAGUCUGCCUUCAGCAAUGCCCCGAGGGCUACUACGAAAAUACCGAGAACAGCACGUGCGUGCCAUGCGAAGCCAACUGCGCCAGCUGCCAGGACAGACCGGACAAGUGCACCAGCUGCGAGCAUCAUUUGGUGAUGCAUGAGAACAAAUGUUAUGCCGCGUGUCCGCCCUACACGUACGAGACGCAAGAUUACAAUUGCGCACCGUGUCAUCCUACCUGCGAGACUUGCAACGGCACGGCGGAUAACCAGUGCAUUGCCUGCCGAUCCGGGCUGUUCGCUUUGAACGGCACGUGUCGCGCUUCAUGUCCGGCGGGUUAUAGCGCGGACAAGAAGCGACGUGAAUGUGUGGCAUGUCCACCCGGCUGUGCGACCUGCAGCACACUGAGCUGCACCAGCUGUAUUGAGGGUUGGAGCCUGAACAAAAAGGGCUUAUGCGCUCCCGAGAGUCGCAGUAAUUGCAAUACGGGCCAAUAUUACGAGGAUGGUCAAUGCAAGUCCUGCCAUUCGUCCUGUGAGACCUGCGCCGGCUCUACGGAGGAUCACUGCAUAUCCUGCCCGAACCCGUUGCUUCUUCAGGGUAAACGUUGCGUGUCCCAAUGCGACGACGCGUACUACUCUGUGGUACAACCAUCGCGACCGGUUUGCGUCCCUUGCCUGCACACUUGCAAGAGUUGCGUGUCUCGUCUGAACUGCACAGCAUGUCAAGACGGGCUGCAACUGCAGAGCGGAGAAUGUAGAUCGUCCUGCGCGCCAGGUUAUUACAGUGACAGAGGUCAAUGUGCCAAGUGUUACUUGUCGUGUAAAACAUGCUCGGGGCCCAGAAGAGAUCAAUGCGUUACUUGUCCGAGAGGCUGGCAACUAGCGGCUGGCGAAUGCCAUCCCGAGUGUCCGGAAGGAUUCUUUAAAUCGAACUUUGGUUGUCAGAAAUGUCAUCACUAUUGCCGUACAUGCAAGGGUGAAGGUCCACUAGAAUGCACUUCGUGUCCAGCUCACUCGAUGUUGGAAGGUGGACUGUGCAUGGAAUGCUUAGGGGCACAAUACUACGAUUCUUUGACUCAGCUCUGCAAGAGCUGUCAUUCUGAUUGCCGCAGAUGUACCGGUCCCGGCAAAUUUAGUUGUGCCGCAUGCUCGCCGCCACUGCACUUGGACAAAUUGAACAAUCAGUGCGUUCCAUGCUGCACAGGCAACGAAAAGGGACCUCAAGCUGAGGAGUGUUGUCUCUGUGAUCCAGAAACUGGCGGCUGCAGGAACAGUUCGCCGGCUGGCAAAAGGAGAGUACCGGGGACGGAGUUCUCAGCCAACGCCGCAGUUUCUGAGACAUACAACAAUUAUGGCGGAACAAGUAACAAUGAUUCAGCUUCACUCGCCGUAACAGCAGCCACCACCAUGGCAGUUGCCAUCUGUUUAGCAUCGAUUGCGUUGUUCGCGAUGAUAUUUGUCGCUCUUCAGGCUUGGUCCGGCAGAAGGGAGACCAAUAUGGGAUAUACGCAGCUUGCCGUGAAAGUGGAACCGUCCGAAGACGUGGACGCCGACGAUUCGACGGAGCUGAUGACCUAGAUUUCGUUAAAGACGACGUAGCUAAUGACCUCUUGUCGAAGAGUCGCAGGGAGAUCGACGAAUCUCGAUUGUGAUUGGUUCGCGAGUCAGAAGUUACGUGCUUUUGUAUUAGCGAGGUCCAAGGAUAGCCCUUACAUGUGAUGACAAAGAAAAUAGGAAAAUGGUGGUAAAUACGUAGCGGGCAGGAAAGAGUUGAAGAAGGAGGAGGAGCAAGCAAAAGAAAGAAGAUUCGUCGAAAACGUGAUAGUAGAACUCCGUUAGAGUGUUGUAUGAAUGAACAAAAUGACAGAGGAAAACAGAGAGAAAAAGAGAGAGUGAGAGUGAGUGUGAUUGUUGUUUACAUGACUGUAGUACGGUCGUGUGAAUGUGUGAAUGUACAAGGAAUGUGUUUUAGCUAGAGAUAUACUUUUUGCCCGUCAUCGUUGUCAAGUGCGUCAUCGAUACCAUCGUCGCGCACACCAAGACACUUCCGACACGGAUAACGAUCCGAAACACGGAGAAAAAGGGUGAAGGACAUUAUGAAGUGCCUGAUUAGUGACACCCUUGUUUCCACACCCUUUCGCGUUCCCCCUCCGACGCUUUCUGUCUCCGAAGUAACGCCGAGCCUUCGUCGAUUAUCCCGUCGACACUAUAUCAUCGUCGCGUGUAUUCGCGAGUAAGUAGAAUCUCAUCCAAGCGACGGAUAAUAUAAAUACGUUUCAAUCGUUGCGCGUUGCAAGAGUCGAGAGCAAUCUAGUUCGUUUAAUUAGCAUUCUUUAACUGUCAAUCGAUUUUUUCUUCGCGCAACAUUCUUCCUGACGCAAUCGACGAUCGAGUUAUCGAAAGGACAAAAGCGCGUCUCUUUCUUCACCUCUCUUCUAGAAGGCUACCAACACCCCAUUAAGUAGGGUGAAGGGACAUGUACGUAAAGUGGCCUCCGUACAUUAGGCUGAACCACGGACCACGUAAUCGUAAUCGUUAAUUGUGAAUUAUGAAUGGAUAUUGUUAUAUAUUUGUAUAAAUGAUAAUAGUAACAAAUGAGCGGACAAAGGGGAGUAAUCGCAAGGAUCAGGAGGGGGAGGCGAAAGAAAAACGAUAUAGCGAGAUGAACCAGGAGGGAGAGACGAGGUGAAGGACUGACACGGAGGAAGAGGAAAAAGAAGAUCGUCGCACGUGAGCUUCGUUCUCCUAUCUUAAACCUGAUCGUCUCGACUAAUCGAUACAAUUCGCAUGCCCGAAAGAACCAACGGACUCUUACUGCGAUCGCCCAGUUAUCCGACGCGUCUGUGACAUCAGUCGUCACAUUCCAGUACCUCCCAAGCUGAUACAACACAUGCCGUCGACACAAGCAAUGCGUUUUAUAAACUGUUUGUUGUUAUUACUUGAUUGUCUACUCCAAUGUUUUGUUUAAUAUCCCACUUUCCACGUUAUUCUUACUUAUUUCUUUAAUUCUCGCUCGUAUCCAUCCUUUCCCCGUUUCGUUGGGAUCGCAUGAGAGGAGGGAAAUCGUAAAAAAAAAAAAAAAUGAAAAAGAAACUUAUGAAUGAACAAAAAAAAGAAGAAGAAAAAAGAACUAUUACGCAACGAUCCGCGAAUCGAUAUUCUCGAAAGCCAUUGCCCACGCCUACUCGUGUGAAUAUUGACUUUCUCCUUGUGAUUUGAUAUAAAGCUAUUAUUGUACUUUUAUGAUGACCGCGAUUAUAAAUAUAUACAUAUAUACACAUACAUAACGCAUAAGUAUAUAAAUCGCUUCCUUGAAUAUCCUUUCGCUUUACUUAGAUUCCUGAUAUUCUACUUUCCUGUAUCGUCCGGUAAGUACAGCUAUAAUAUUGACUUUAAUUACGGUGAUGCACGGGAAAGGCAAACCGACCGUAGAAGUUAGAAGGAGUGAGAUAUAUCCAAUGGUAACCGAACUCCGCAGCUAUUACUUAAUGAAACAUCAAAGAUUAACUUCAUGAACCUCACAACCUGGAAUCUCUACCAUGUACAAAAACAAACGAAUAAUUUUUAUUUUUAAACGAUACAAGUAUCUACAUUUAUUAUGAA